GAAAGGAAAGUUGUCAGUUUCGCUCUGCAGGCAAGUUCGGAGAGCGGCACACUCAGUCCUGUACAUAGCGGGGGAGAGAAGAGCCACCCCGGGGCCCGGACCCAGUUCAGUUUCACAGCUCUGAUUGUCAUCCAAUGGAGUCCGUCCCAUGUGAGCUGAAGUAUAGAAAGGCAGAUUUCUAAAAGAAAAUGUACAUAGCCUGAAAAAAGAAAACGGACGCAGCCGCCACAAUCAAGGACUGGUCCUGACAAUCCCAUGAAAAGAGCACUUUAAGAAUAUUUUUGUCUUCAUCUAACGAAAAAAGUCAAGAAACGUGGAAUAUUUAUGUAAGCUACAAUAGCUUAAAGACGCACUUACAAACCCACACUGUCCAUAUUGCUGCUUGUUGCCUUCUAAAACAAAAGUAAGGCGACCCAUACUUCUCAUGAGGAGUUGUGGGAAGGGGACGCACUAGGAUGGCCACUGCCGUGCAACCGAAUGAACUGGUCUUUGAAUUUGCAAGCAAUGUCAUGGACGACGAGAAUCAGCUUGAUGACCCUUCCAUCUUCCCCGCUGUCAUCGUGGAGCACAUUCCAAAUGCAGAUUUACUGCACACUUAUUCCGGUUUAACUUGUGUCGAUGAUUCAGAUGACAUGAUUGCUGAAAACUCCCUGGAUGUAGCAGAGGAACAGAUUAUAGAAGACGAUGACCUCACCCUUACAGUUGAAGCAUCAUGUCAGAAUGGAGAUGAGACCAUGGAAACAAUUGAAGCAGCAGAAGCACUUCUUAAUAUGGAUUCUCCAGAUGCAUUGCUAGAUGAGAAAAGAUUAGCUAACAUUUUUGGUACAUCUGACGAUGACCUUAUGGGCACUCCCAUUACACAUGUUUCUGUCACUGUUGAUGGAAUUCCAGAAGUGAUGGAAAUUCACCAGAGCAUGUAUUCAGAUCCAACAGAGUAUCAGCAGGAUGAACAACCAAAGAGGAAGAAAGGGAGAAAAACAAAAACGCCUCGUCCAGAGUCACCUACCACUACCCCAAAUAUAUCUGUAAAGAAAAAAAGCAAGGAUGGAAAAGGUAACACCAUUUACCUUUGGGAAUUUUUGCUAGCUUUGCUCCAAGACAAGGCUACAUGUCCAAAGUAUAUAAAAUGGACUCAGCGAGAGAAGGGAAUCUUCAAACUGGUAGAUUCCAAGGCUGUUUCCAAGCUAUGGGGAAAGCACAAGAAUAAACCUGAUAUGAACUAUGAGACAAUGGGCAGGGCACUCAGGUACUAUUACCAAAGAGGUAUUCUAGCUAAGGUGGAAGGCCAACGCCUUGUCUAUCAGUUCAAGGAGAUGCCAAAGGAUCUUAUUUAUAUUGAUGAAGAAGACUCAAGCCCUGCGGAAUACUCAGGAAGUUUGUCCUCAAAUGUGUCUUUGCAUUCACCGGUUUCUACUCCAAAUCGAAAUCAUGCAAGAGCGUCUAAAGGUCCUUCCAACACUGGAUCAAGAAACGGCUCAACCCCUGUUCUAAAAUCACCGAAAUCUUCAAAAGUGAAAGAACUAGUGGAGCCUAGUCAACCCCAGUUGUCCUUGCUUCCAUCUGAUAUGUUGAGGACAGUGACUCCUACCCAGACAUCUCUGCCUCACCCAACCCAACUUUAUCGGACAGUCCACUUAAUGUCUGGACAAACAGUUCCGGAAGAAGGUCUAACUUGCACCAUUCAAAAUGACGCACUUUCUUCUGCACAAACUAUCAGGACUAUACAGUCUCCAGGUCAGGUCCCGGUAGUGGUUUCUCCUGGCAGUCAGCAGUUGCAUACUGUAACACUCCAGACAAUGCCUCUCACCACAGUAAUAACAAGCACAGACCCAACAGCCACUGUGGGCUCACAGAAAUUCUUCCUUCAAGCCAUUCCUUCAGGCCAGCAGAUGACCGUACUCAAAGACAACAUGCUGCUACAUCCUCAAAAAAAUGGCUCCCCUCCACCAUCCAUCGUCCUAAGCUCUAGCCAGGUUCAGCAAGUUCUGAAUGGCAAUGUCCAAAGCCUUUGUAAUGGAACAGUCAGUGUGCCUUCAUCUCCAGUCUUUAGUUCAACCACUCCAGUUAUGACCUUUUCAACCAGCUCUUCACCACUGCUCAGCCAAAGUCCGGGCACAGUUAUCACAUCCGUGAUUAAAUCACCGGAACCCAAACAAACACUUUUUCAAUUUACCAACAGUCAUGAUUCUCAGGAAGGCUCAUCUCAAGCUGCUGAGCAAAUUGAGCAAAAAUUGCCACCAUCGUGCGUGUUGGUGGUUGCCAGCCCAAAUGGAUUCUCAUCCCAGGUGGAAAUUAAACAGGAGAAUGAUACAUGGGAGUUUGAUUCCAAUUAAAAAGAAAACCUCCAUAUUUAAUUUUUUUCCAAAUGUGAUGGGCUCUUCUUCAGUCGGCAUAUAUAUUUUUAUAAAGUGCUUUAUACUUCUCCACCACAAUUCCUGUUUUUUUAUAUCUUUAGGGCUCCCUAGCAGUAACUCAUUUAAUUUGUGUUCAGUUGGUUUGGAUUUUAAAUCCUAAACCUGAGGUAAUUUAUUUUUUUGGCCGCCCCCAGUUAAAAAAAAAAAGAAAGAAAGAAGCAUUGACUGCAAUUCUUGCCUCCUCUCCAUGGCUGUCCGCCUCAGUAAUGUCUUUUUGCCACAUGAUGCCCUCGGUCUUUCAGGUUGAAUGACACCCAGGGUCACUCAACCUGAAAGACUUAGGACUUGCUAUGAGUGCAAGGGUUGUCACCACAGUACCCUGUAUAAUGAUACAAAGAGCUAUGCUGAUGUGAUCACAGCCCUGCCUCUCUUUGCAACAUAAAGGACUACUUAGCCUGGGUAAGGGGCACUGGGGAACCUGCGGCAUUACAUAACCAGCGUGAAGAUUCCUGGAAAAGGUGAGCAUAAACUACAGCCGGGAAUAUUAAUGAGAAUUCCAUUGGGUGCAUAAUUUGUUUCUGGGACCCCUUGUUGAAGGAACGUGCCUUUUCUACUAUAAGGACAAGACUUUUACUGUCAUUGAAGCAAAUAUUUUUCUACAAAAAUUGUGACAAUCUUUUAGUAUGUUCAUAUAAGCUGUGCUGUCUGUAAAUUUUAUUUUUCAUAGCUUGUAAUACAUUGAACCAAUACAUCUUAGCUUUAUUGGUGUUUUUUUUUUGUUUUUAAGUUGAGACCUUUUUUUUUCUGUAUCAUACCACUGAUACAUGACUACUUGCAGGCCAGCAAUUUAAGAAUUGUUAUCUAUGAAUCAGAUACAACUUAUGUUUUGCACUGUUCUAAAGGCAUUUAUUUCCUUUCUGCUGUUGGUUUUGCUUUUUUGUAAUAUUGACUUUAAGCAAUAACUGUUGUGCCUUUGUUUAAUCCACCCGUUACGAGACAUACAAAAGCAAUGUAAUAAGGGUAUGGAGUAUCUCUUUUAUUUGUACAUAAUGUAUAUUUGCUUACAUGCUAAGAAAAAUGUUAAAUGCAGGCUUAAUAAAAAGAAAUCCGUCUUAACAUAAAUUUCAACCAAACAGAAUCAAUUUUUAUAGACUCAAGAGAUCAAUAUAUGUUUAGAGUUCAAAGCUAUUCUUUAUGUAUUGAUAGAGAUUGUAUUUGUAUUUAAAAAAAAGAUUUAAAAUAUCUGAAAUAA